AUGCAUUUUAUUAAAUAUAACGAUUUAAAAGCUACUACAAUAAAAGAUGCAAUAAAAAAUUGGGAAGAUGAAAAUAAGGAAUCUGCAAGUGAAGCUACAAAUAUAUGUUUGCAAUUUCAAUGGCCGCCAAUUGAAAAAAUGGAUAAUAAUUUAUCAGUUUUAACUAAAUGCGAAAAAUUAUCAUUAAGUACAAAUAUGAUUGAGAAAAUUAAUGGUCUUGCUGCUCUAAGGAAUUUAAAAAUUUUAUCAUUAGGACGAAAUUACAUUAAGGCUUUUACUGGGCUUGAACCAUUAGCUGAUACUUUAGAAGAAUUAUGGAUAUCUUAUAACUUUAUUGAAAAAAUGAAAGGUGUUCUAGGCAUGCGUAAACUUAAAGUUUUACAUAUGUCCAAUAAUAAUGUUAAAGAAUGGGCAGAAGUAAAUAAGCUUGCAGAAAUGGAAAGUUUAAAAGACUUUUUAUUUGUCGGAAAUCCACUUUACGACUGUUUAGAUGAAUCUGUAUGGCGUAGUGAUUGUAUUAGAAAGCUUCCUAAACUAGUAAUAUUGGAUGGAGUACCAAUCAUAAGAGAUUAAAAGAAUCUCAAUUGUAAACAAGAACCGUUUAAUUAUUUGAAUAAACCAUUGCAGGAUGGAUCAUAAUAUCAUAUUAUUUUGAAAUUGCACACAUUAUUCACAUAUUCAAUGAAAAAGAGUAAAGACUAAAAAAUCUAAAUCGUAAAAUGUAAUAAGAAACUACGUCAAGUUGUACCUACAUUUCACGUAUUCCCUUAGGUAGGUGUCCUAAGGGUUUUUGUUCACACACAUCAUACAUCCUCAAAAAUUCUAGUUAUUAGUACUACAAUAAUAACAAUUUAUAUAUUAUUUAAUAAUGUUAGUAAUGAAAAUUAUAAUCAGAAGGGCUCGGAUUUAAAUGCACUAAAAUAUCAACAACAAAAAACACACAUCAUAGUAAAAUCAAUACAUUCAUCACUUCGUUCAGAAUCUAAAAAAUGAAUAAAAACUUAAAUUUAACAAAUUAAAUUUUGUAUUUCACUAUGUACCUAUAUUACACAUUUGUACAACCUAUACACUAUGUUUAUAUUUCAAUGAAGUCAAAUUUUUAGUUAUGAUAUGAAAAAUAGAUCAAAAAUAACUUUAAAAAAUUUAAAAAAAAAGUAUUUAAAAUGUCAAAAAUGCCGGAAAAAACAUUUGUAAUUAAAAAAUAAAGUACCUAUAUAAAACAUAUUUGUAGCUUAGAGAUUAUUGUUUAAUGCAUCCCCUCCCCAAAAAAAAAAAUGCAAAUGCAUUAUAAUGCAAUCUAAGCCCCAAUAAUCAGCAUGGAAACCUAGAAAAUAAUAGUGUUAUGAACGUCAUGAUUAUUAUUACCUAGUAUACCUA